UCACCGCGACGAAGAGAAAGUAAAAGGGUAGAAAACGAACGAAUCGUCCCCAAACCCCAUCCUCCCAACUCGUUUCCCCCCUCCGCCCCGCGUGCCGGCCGUUUCCAGAUCCCGUCGUUUCUAAUCUUCCUCCCAACCCUAAUCCUUCUCCGCUCCACGGCCGAGAUGGCGACGGCGGCCUUCCGGUCCACCUCUGGGCGCUCCUCCAUCGGCAGUCGGGGUGGAGGCGGCGCUGCAAGGGACGCCGGCUCCUCCACCCGCGGCGGCCAACCCCACCGCCGAUCGAGGAGCCUCAGCCGCCAUUCCAGCCGGUUUCCCCCACCUCCGCCGGAGCCUGACGACUUCCCGACGCCCCGUGGCAGGUUCGUCAACAAGUUGCGCGGGGCCGGGUUCCCGGAGAUCAGCCUCGAUGACAUCGCCGAUGAGUUCUUCCGGGCGAGGGCCGAGUCGGAUGAGGACAGCGAGCCGUCUGCCGCCAGGUCCAGGCCCUUGAGUUCCGUCUCGAGCUAUCGGAUGGAGACGGAGUCGUCUCGCCGCCGCGGGAGGUCCGUGUCGAGGCCUCCCGAUCGCCACGCUGCACCGACCAAGGGCGUCUCGGAUAGCGUAUUAAGGCGGCGGCGAUCUGUCUCCGUUGAUCGGCAUCGGUGUAGCAACUCGGAGAAUGAUGUGGAUUCUCACAGUGCCAGCACGCAAGUUAAAUCAAGGAUCUAUGGCAAUGGUAAACUGCAGGAGCCUUCAUCACAUAGGUCAGUGAAGAAUGGUGACUUUUUGAAAAGGUCUGGGAGCCAAAAGGAUUUCUUCCACUCUCAUGAUAGCUAUUCGAGCCAUUCUUCUUCAUUAACCGAUGAUGAAGCUCGGGAUUUUUGUUCAAGGAGGUGUGGGGUUGAGAAGACAAAUCAGGCAGUUUAUGCCCCAGAAAAGGGAGGAAAUCCCAUAGGCGAUGAGGAGGAUUUUGGAUUAUAUGAAGUCAUGCGCAAAGAAGUAAGACACGCAGUCAAAGAAAUCAGGACAGAACUCGAAAAGGUCAUGGUGAAAAAUGAACCCUCAACCAUUGUCAGUGGUGAUGGCGUUCAACCAAAGAGUUCAGAAGUUCUGCAAGCUAUUGCUGAGAUCAGAAGAAACUACACAACCGAACUGGAACAGUCAGAGAAGCGCAAGCAGGACUUGUUGGCUGAGUUAGCAUUAGAGGAGGAACGCGGCCAGGAACUUAGCAAAAUUGUCAAAGAGUUGCUGCCUUCUCCAAAAAAUUCUGCUGUUCCAGAAAGGCAAUCACGGUCUAGAAGAAGGAACCAUGAUAGAACAAGAAUGUCUAAACAUUUGACAGAAGAGGCAGAGAAGUACUUUGAAGAUUUCCUUUUCAAUGUUGAAGAUACAGAUAUAUCUUCUUUUGAUGGAGAAAGAAGUGAUACUAGCUCAAAUAUAAGAGAUCCCGGAUUACAUAAUUCUGCAGCAGAAACUCAUGAAAGUGUGCCCGGAGCUGCUGCUGGACCUGUUGAUAAAGAUGGUGUUCUGCUUCCUUGGUUGAAAUGGGAAACUAGUUCUGGUCCUUCACCAUGCAAGAGUAAGGCAGGAUUCCCUGUGUCCUCAGGAAAUAACUUAUCAGCUGCAGCGCUGCCAAAACAGGAAGCAAGUACCGAUUUCAAUAGCUGUAAUCAAAUUGCAAGCAGUUAUGGGAGUUGGAGCCCUGAAGGCACUGAAAGCUCAUCCAUAGUUUCUAGGGACAGAAGUAUAAGCAAGUUUGGAGUAGGAAACCACGUAAGCAUGUCUUCUGAUGGCAGAACUACUCGGUCUUCGUUUUAUAUGGAUGAGUACGUGAACUUAAAGCAAUACGAAGAUCUUCUUUUCGAAAGGCUGGAACAGAGGCAAAGAAUAGAGUCAGGUAGCAUGAUCCUGUGUGGGAGAUUGUUGACGUAGACUUUGCUAUCCUACUCUUAAAGAGAGGGAGGGUGGUCCUAUUCCUCUACCGGAUUGAGUUGUGCGUGUGACAUUUGAAUUAUAGCUAAGCUUCUCUUAGCUGUGGAGUAUAGGUUGUUACCGUAUCUCUUGCACUUUCUUUUGCUGAACGUGAUACAAAUAAUCAAGGCUUUUUACCACGCUGA